CGCAUGAGUUGUUUUAGAGGGGCUAUAAAUACGGAGUCGGUCCGGAGUCCGGUACAUCGGUAAUCAGCCCAGAUAACCAGCAGCAAACAUGAUCCGAACUCUCCUUGUCCUGGCUCUGUCCCUCUACGCUGUGAACGCAGCCGGUUACUAUGGAGGCGGAUAUGGAUAUAGAGGUGGAUACGGGUACGGCGGAUUAGGCGGACUAGGAGGAAUAGGAGGCGGUGGACUAGGCGGUCUAGGUGGUAUCGGCGGUAUUGGCGGAAUCGGUGGUAUUGGUGGAAUCGGAGGCGGUCUCGGUGGAUUAGGCGGUCUUGGUGGAAUCGGAGGCGGUCUUGGUGGAAUCGGAGGCGGUCUUGGAGGAAUCGGAGGCGGUCUUGGCGGAAUCGGAGGCGGUCUUGGCGGAAUCGGGGGAGGUUUUGGUGGAAAAGGCUACUACUGAGGCUCAGGUCGUAUAGAAAAUCCGAUGAUGGUUGUGCACAACGUAUUGUAAAAUAAAACCUCUGAAAUAUG